AUGAAGGGCUUGUUGGAGUUUAAUAGUGCGAAUGGUUCGCCUUUCGCAAUCAAUCCCUACCCUUACUUUGCCUACAGAAGCGAUACAAGGCUUGAGACUCUUGCUUUUUGCCUUUUCCAGCCGAAUGCAGGACGAAUGGAUGGAAACACUAAGAUCAAGUACAUGGACAUGUUCGAUGCUCAGGUGGAUGCAGUUUAUUCUGCACUGAAUUCUAUGGGAUUUAAGAAUAUUGAGAUUGUGGUGGCUAAGACUGGAUGGCCAUUUAAAGGAGAUGACAACGACGUAGGGCCAAGCAUUGAGAAUGCCAUCAACAUCGAGGAAGAAAAGGUAGAAAUUGCCUCUUACCACUUAGAUGAGGAUGCACAAGUAUGGUUCCUCAAACUGGAUAGGGUUCGACCUGGAAUUUCUUGGGAAGACUUUAGAAGACAGUGUCAUCUUCGUUUUGGUCCAUCAAUUCAUGGCAACAAUUUGGGAGAACUUUCCAAACUUCAACAAGGAGGUACGAUAGAGGAGUACCAAUGA